AUGAAAAUUUUGCUUCUAAUAUUUAUAGUAUUAUCAUUAGCUAAGGAAGAUUAUUAUAAGAUAUUAGGGUUAAAAAAAGGAGCUGAUUUGGAAAGUGUUAAGAAAUAAUUUAGAAAAUUAUCUCUAAAAUAUCAUCCUGAUAAAAAUAAUUCACCAGGAGCUAAUGAGUAAUAUAAAAAAAUUACUCAUGCAUAUUAAGAAAUAAUUGAUGGUAAUGCAGAUAAAGAUGAUGAUGAAAUUCCAUUUAAUAAAAGAGGAUAUUCAUAGCAUUAUACUAGAACAUAUACAUUUACAGAUGAUCCAUUUAGAAGAAACUAUUAAUAUCAAACAUACACAGAAUUUCAAAAUUAAAGAAAUGAUAGUUUCUUAAAUUUGAAUUCUAUUUUUCUUGUGGGAAUUUUUUUAAUUAUUGGAUUUCUUAUUGUUAAUUUUGUGACUAAUAUUCCUUAAGAGGAUGGUGGACAAAAUAAUUCAAAAAAUAAUUAAUAUAACAAUUAAAAAUAACAAGAGAACUAAUAAAAUAAAAAUCAAGCAUAGGAUAACUAAUAUCAAUAAUAAUAGGCUGAAUCGAAAUCAAAAUAAUCUGAAUUAUUUCGCCAGAAUUUCGAAAUUAAGGAAAAAGUUUCUAAUGUUUCUUCUUACACAGAAUCUAAUCAUAGAUUCUAAUUUUAUGAAAAUUUUAAUUAAUGA